AUGACCCAGCAGAGGGACACCUGGUCUAAGAAGGUAGAGUUCCUCCUGGCAGUGAUCGGAUUCGCCGUCGACCUAGGAAACGUCUGGAGGUUCCCAUACAUCUGCUACCAGAAUGGCGGAGGUCAAAGAAGGAAGAUGCCAGAGCAGCUGGUGGUAUCGAGUGAUUGCGGUGGGAUGUUGCUCCAGCCAGCCAAUCAGCCCACACCGCAGAGGUCUGUGCCCUGGAAAUCCCCAGCAUCCCGAAAGGUAAGGGACUCUGAUUGUAAACAAAGAGCCGCUAAAGACAAACCAUCCGAUGACAGCAAACAGAAGUCAAUGGCCAUUUUCUCUGAUGAGCAGUUCUCCAGGGACCUGGAAUUCUCGAAGGAGAGUUCCGCUGGAAGUAUCUUUGGUUCCUUGAUGCGCAGAGGCUAUAAUAAUUGGAAGGACAUGGCUGCUCUGCUGGUAUAG